AACGCACGCUAACAAUCACCGUAUGUGCCGCGUUUUAUUCUCAUUUUCUUUUUCUCUGCUGCAAGUGCUCUAAUUAUGUUCUGGGUUAUCCAACCCACUCCCUAAAAACUCUCAUGUCCAACCCACUUCCUAAAAACUCUCUUCCUUCUCUCUAUAUAAACAGUCACGGCUCCCUUCCACCUGAUCGAAUAACAAACUAACAAACACAAGCAACAAUGGCGGCCGCCACCAUGGCACCGUCAUUCUCCCACCGCGCCGCCGCCGUCGUCCUCCUCGCCGCCGCCCUCGCGUGCCAUCUCAAUGUCGUCGUCGCCGUCAAGCCCGAGUGCCAUUGUCCUGGAGGGAGGUGCCGCGGCCUCGGCGUCAACUAUGGCACGGUGGCCGACGACCUCCCCUCGGCGACGCGCUCCGUGCAGCUCCUCCGCGCGGCGGGCGCGGGCGCCGUGAAGAUCUACGACGCCAACCCGGGCAUCCUGCGCGCGCUGGCCGGGACGGGGCUGCCGGUCGCCAUCAUGGUGCCGAACGCGGCCAUCCCGUCGCUGGCCUCCUCCCGCGCCGCCGCGGAGGACUGGGUGGCCGCCAACCUCGCGCCGCACAGCCCGGCCACGCGGGUGAUGUACCUGCUCGUCGGCAACGAGGUGCUCUCCAACCGCGCCAUCGCGGGCUCCACGUGGCGGGCCAUCGUGCCGGCGAUGGCCAACCUACACCGCGCCCUCCGCGCGCACGGGAUCCGCAAGGUCAAGCUCGGCACGACGCUCGCCAUGGGCGCGCUCUCGGCCUCCUACCCGCCCUCCGCCGGCGCGUUCCGCGACGACGUCGCCGAGGACGUGAUCCGGCCGCUGCUCCGGUUCCUGAACGCCACGCGCUCGUUCUACUUCGUCGACGCGUACCCGUACUUCGCGUGGGCGGCCAACCGCGACACCAUCUCCCUCGACUACGCGCUCUUCCAGGGCGCGGCGAGCUCCCACUACGUCGACCCCGGCACGGGGCUCACGUACACCAACCUGCUCGAUCAAAUGCUCGACGCGGUUAUCGCCGCCAUGGGCAAGCUCGGGUACGGGAACGUGAAGCUGGCCGUCUCGGAGACCGGGUGGCCGAGCGGCGGCGACGCGGGCGAGGCCGGCGCCAACGUGCGCAAUGCCGCCACGUACAACCGCAACCUCGCCGCGCGGAUGUCCAAGAACCCCGGCACGCCGGCGCGGCCGGGGGCCAAGAUGCCGGUGUUCCUCUUCUCGCUCUACAACGAGGACCAGAAGCCCGGGGCGGGCACUGAGCGCCACUGGGGGCUGUACUACCCGAACCAGACCAAGGUCUACGAGAUCGACCUCACCGGCCAGCGCCCGUCGCGGUCGUACCCGCCGCUGCCGCCCGCGGACGACACGGACAGCUCGCCGGCGUGGUGCGUGCUGGCCGGCGGCGGCAAGGCGGCGGACAAGAAGGCGGUGCAGGACGCGCUGGAUUACGCGUGCCAGCACGGGAGCGGGACGUGCACCGCCAUCCAGCCCGGCGGCGCGUGCUACGAGCCGGACACGCUGGACGCGCACGCCAGCUACGCGUUCAACUCCUACUGGCAGCAGUUCAGGAACGCUGGGGGCACCUGCUUCUUCAAUGGACUUGCAGAGACCACCACCAAAGAUCCAAGCUACGGAUCAUGCAAGUUCCCCAGCUCUGAGGACUAGCUGCGCAGGAGGAACGGAGAGCACAGCCACGUUCGGUUAGCUAGUGAGGAAGGCCAUCGCCAUGGAUGCCCUUAAAACUAUUACCAUUUUCCAUUUCUCUUUAGGAACUAGCGAGCAAAGAAUCACUGUAAUUCAACUCAGUG